AUGUCACCAUACCAACUAGUAUUUGGCAAGGCUUGUCACUUACCAGUUGAACUAGAGCACAAAGCUUUCUGGGCUCUAAAACUACUCAAUUUUGAUGAAAAGGCUGCUGGAGAAAAGAGAUUAAUGCAACUCAAUGAACUGGAAGAGUUUAGAAAUCAAGCAUAUGAGAAUGCAAAAAUCUACAAAGAGAACACAAAAAGGUGGCAUGACCAAAAGAUAGCAAGAAGAGAGUUCACUGAAGGACAAAAGGUGUUACUCUACAACUCAAGACUCAAGUUCUUCCCUGGAAAACUUAAGUCUCGAUGGUCAGGACCUUUCACCACACUCAAGGUGUUUUCCUAUGGUCAUGUGGAGCUCAUGGAAGACAAGACUCAGAGAACUUUUUCUGUCAAUGGCCAUAGACUCAAACACUACUUGGAAGGCUCAUUGGAGGAUCAGAGAGUGAGCUACAAGCUCAGCUAA